UGUUUUCCAUAAACGAUGCUCGAUUGCGAAAUUCAGAAAGCCUUACUUUGGCCAUCAACCGGAUCAUCAAAUAAUUUAUCAACAACAGCUACAUCGGAAAAUUCUCCUUCUUCUUAUCAUCAUCAUCAUUAUUAUUCAUCAUCAAAUCAUUCAUAUCAUACGAAUGAAAUUAAUGGGUCCAAUCGUUCGAUUCCAAUAAAAUCGAAUGCUACUACUAAAACUACCAGUACAGCAGAAGCUGCAGCAGCGGUAGCAGCAGCCGCUGCUGCUAAAAGUUCCGAUCUUAUUCGAUGGAUGUCAGUAAUGUCGUCCUCGGUCAUAUCGGCAGCUACAGCAACAACAACAACCAGCGUUGAUGACAUUAGCACGAAUAACAACAAUAACAACAACAACAACAACAGUCCAACACAGCAUCACUAUCAACAACAACACCCAAAUCGACAUAAAAUUAAUACAAAUUUUGGAUCAUCAUCUUCAUCUCCACCACCAUUAUCAUCAUCAACAUCAUCAUCAUCAAUAACAUCAUCAACAUCACCACAAAAUAUAUCGCCAUUAUAUGCUCGUGGUUCAUCAUGGAAUAGUGGCGGUGGUUGUAUUGAUUGGCCUGUUUCGAAUCAUGCUCAUCAAUUCAAUUCACAAAAUUCUAAUAAUCGUUCAUCAUUAUCAACAUUGAAAUCGAAUAAUUUAUUGAUUCAACAACAACAAACGGCAUUAUUGACAAAAAGAUUGACAGGAACUUCCAACGGAACAUUAGUGAAUGAAACAAAUCCAAUUAUAAACAAUGAAAACGAUUCUAUAAACAAUACAAAUUCUGGAUUUGUUUAUGGUAAUAAUAAUUCAUCAUCAUCAUCAUCACCAUCAGAAAACAAUUCAAUACGUUUGAAUCGACAACAUUUCAAUGAUAAUAAUUCAUCAUUGUCAACAUCAUCGACAAAAGUUGGACAAAUUCUAACAAGUUUAGCCAAUAAUUGUGUUGAUCAUCAACAAUCAUCUUUAAAAUUUUCAUCAUCAACAUCGAAUCAAUUUGAAUCAAAUCAUUCUCAUUCAAUUAAUAAUAAUAAUCAACAUCAAACAAAUUUAAAUGAAAAUCAUCUAAAUAAUUUUCAUCAUAAUCAUCAACAUGGCUCAUUGGCAACAAAUGGCCAUAUAAAUUCAUUUAAUCGAAAAUAUCAAUGUAAAAUGUGUCCGCAGAUUUUCUAUUCAAAAGCCGACAUGCAAUUACAUACACAGGUACAUAUGCGUGAAACAAAACCAUAUAAAUGUACACAAUGUACAAAAACAUUCGCCAAUUCAUCAUACCUAUCACAACAUAGCCGAAUUCAUUUGGGUAUCAAACCGUAUCAUUGUGAAUUAUGUCAAAGAAAAUUCACCCAAUUAUCCCAUCUACAACAACAUGAACGUACUCAUACAGGUGAUAAACCGUAUAAAUGUCGUUAUGGAAAUUGUACAAAAGCAUUUUCACAAUUAUCGAAUCUACAAUCACAUUCACGUUCACAUCAAACGGAUAAACCAUUUAAAUGUAAUAGCUGUUAUAAAUGUUUUACUGAUGAAUCGGCACUUUUGGAUCAUAUUCCAAAACAUAAAGAUUCAAAACAUUUGAAGACGCAUAUUUGUCAAUAUUGUGGUAAAUCAUAUACACAGGAAAGCUAUCUACAAAAACAUUUGCAAAAACAUACGGAUCGAAUGUCAUCUGUUGGUGGUGGUGGUGGUAAUAGUAGUAGUUCCGGUUUGGUAGUUGCAACUAAACGAAAUUUAUCAACAUCGGCUCAUCAUCAUCAAAUUCAUCAACAACAACAACAACAAAUUCAACAACAUUCCCAUCAACAACAACAUGGUGAUAAUUCAACGGCAGCAGCAACUUCUUCCACCAUACAUUUGAUAGAUAAUAAUAAUAUUCAUUAUUGGUCGAAAUCAAAUCCAUUAGAAUGUAACAUUAAUUCAACACAAUUAUCGUCGCAAAAUGUUAAUCGUCAACAAAAUCAUUGCGUUAUACCUGCAUCAGCAUUUGAUCCAUCAUCAUCAACUAUUUAUUUGAACAAUAGUGGUCUGGAUUUACAGAUGAUUGCAAAUAACACUAAUAAAUUAAGUACUAAUUCGGCUGCUGCGACAACAUUUUCAUUACCACAAAAUUCUAUAAAUUCAGCCAAUAAUCAAGCUUUACGAAUGACUUCUUAUUUGUCUGCAUAUGAGCCAUUAAAUUUUCCAAAUAAAAUUUCCGGUAUGGAUACAAUAACAGGAAUGGUUGUAGCAACGACAAAUGCUAGCGGUAGCGGAAAUAUUCACACGGGUAAAAAAUCAUCAGCUACAUCAAUCGUAACUAAUUUAUCAUCAUUAGAUAAGAAUUCUGCUGUUAAUCAAACAAUUGCAUUUCCAAAUCAAUUGAUUGCAUUAAAUCAGAUACGUAAUUAUGCAUCGAUGCCAAUUACAUCAACAUCAAACAUUAAGCCACAUUUUUGUGCAGAAUGCCGGAAAUCAUUUUCAUCCGUUCACCAAUUGGCGCAACAUAAUCGUGUUCAUUCGGGUGAAAAACCAUACGACUGUGGUUAUUGUGAACGAAAAUUUAAACAAUUAAGCCAUCUCCAACAACAUACACGUUUACAUACGGGUGAACGUCCAUAUAAAUGUGAUUGUGGCCGAUCAUUCAUCCAAUUAUCGAAUCUACAGCAACAUAUGAAAACACACGAGGAUUCAUCAUCUGUAUCCAGUAAAGAUAUUGAUAAGAAUUUUUUCUGUCCACAUUGUGGAAAAGGUUUUAAAGGACAGAAUUCUCUGUUCCAUCAUCAAACCAAGAAACAUGCUGACCUGGUGAAUCCUACGCAAAUCGUAGAAAAACAAUUAGGAGUAACCGUUGGUAUUGUAAAUCAGCAAAUCAAUUCGAUUCAACAGCAGCAACAACAACCACAACAAAUAACGCAGCCAAUAACUCAGAGUAUCCUAACAUUUACGUGCCAACUUUGUAGUAAAAUCUUUUUGGAUGAAACGUCUUUCAAAAAACAUUUUGAGAUUAAUCAUCAACAUCGUCAAGCAGAAUCAUUAUCAUCAUCUUCAUCAACAUCAUCGAAUGCAACAAAUUCAUCAACGGGAUCAGCGGUAGCAUUGGCCACCACUACAGCAAUGACAACAGCUAUUACAUUAUGGCCAUGCAGUAUAUGUUCCAUCGUUUUUGCAAAUGAAUAUAGUCUUUUAACACACUUUGAGCAAAUGAAAUUCGACCCUAAACAUCAGAAAGAUACUCAACAUAUUGUUCUACAAACAUUGAAACAGCAGCAUCAGCAGAAUAAUCUUCAGCAGCAACAACAAAAUCAAAAAAUUAAAGAAGAAAAUUAUGAGGAUGAAAUUGCUUUGAAUUUAAACGAUAUUCUCAUGACAAGUUUGAUAACGAACGGGAUCGAACUUGAAACUCCGGUAACGACUGCAACAACAGUGGCUGCUUCAACUUCGACUUCUACCAAUCAAAUUGUAUCAGCCAAUAUGAUUGCACAAAAUAUGCUGGAUAAUCUAAGUCAACCGACAAAUGGACAGACAGGAAACGGUGCUACAACACCAAAUCAGCAACAGCGAUUUCAAAAUGGCACUACUCCAAAGGCUGUUAAAUCUUCCGCUUCAUCCUUGAAAGCAACAACAGCGACUUCAUCAUCAAAUACUGUCAAUAAUAAUUCGAAUGUUAAUAAUAAUUCUACAUAUUGGACCUGAAAAAAUACGAUUUCUUUUCAAUCUGAUUGAGUGGCCCAAUUUAAAACCAUCGCAUCAUUAGUGAACACUCAAUAAUGAGUUGGAUAAUCGAUCAUUAUUUAAUAAC